CUCUCUCUAUCUCUCUCUCUUCUCUUCUCUUCUCUUCUCUUCUUUGGGCAAGCCGGCCGGCGGCGGCGGCAGUGGCCGGUCGCGAAUGGCGUCGGCGACGCUGCGUCGCCGCCGUCAGCGAAGUGGCCCCGCGCGAGCGGGCGCCGCGGCGUUGGGCGUGGAGGUGGAGGCGAGGCCGUCUCGCGUCGUUUAAGUCCCCGUCUCGGGCGGCGAGGAUGAGGUUGACGUCGACCGCCGCGGGGUGGCGCGUGCCUCUCGGAGUCGUUCACCGCUCGGCACCGGCUUCAUCGACAACCCGCUCAGCACCGGCUUCAGCACCGCGCCGUCCCUCGCUGCCAUCCCCACCAAUCAGUCCGUCGGCCGGUUUUGUCGUAGUGCAGGCGGCGACGGGGAAAGAGAAGGCAGGCGGCGGCCGGCGCGCGAGAGGGCGGCGGUGGUGGGGAGGAAGGGGACAGCUAUCGUUGCACGAUAUUUUUCUGGUGUUGGAUCUGCUGGAAGACUCAUGCGAGUCAUUAGUUGGCAGCAUCGUUGCAGAGAAUGCAAAGCGUUUCUGCUUGAUCUGAAUGAAGCUAUCUGGAGGCAAUGAAGAAGCCAAGCCACCCCUCGCCGAGGAGCAGCGCGACCUCGGCGUCAGCGACGACGGCAAGGUAGUAGACGCCGCCUCGCCGAUGGGCUCAGGGGACUACGAAUCCGACGCGUACGUGGCCUCGGCGGUGUCCCAGUGGACGCCCACAGCCGUGCCAGUGGCGGUGGCGAGGACCUGCUCCCGCGCUUCUUGUGCAGCACAUGGUGGGCGCACCUCGACGACGGCGAGGCCGGUGGCUCCGGCAGCGUUCUGCGUCCACGUGACCCGGAUGAGAAGCUCCUUCCCGAAGUGCAGCGAGGCACCGUACACCGCCGUGGUCGCCGCCUGCAGCUUGCGAUCCAGAGCACCGCCGCGCCCAGAGUCACUGGCGGCGGCGGCGGCGAUGCCGACCGAGCUGUCGCCGAAGCACAACGACUCCCGCGUCGCCUCCGGCUUUGGUUUUUCUUCCGGCGAGAUUAACUGCUGCUUGCUGUUGCUGCUGCAAUAAAAGAGAGAGUUGACGUGGCACGCUGACAUGUGGAGUCCACGUGGGUUCCACGCUGACUCAACCGUCACGUAGGCUAAAAUCAGGGUCAAAACCACCGAGGGACCUAAAGCGAACGUUUUGUUAGUUAAGGGUCGUCCGGUAUUUUUGCGGUUCGUGGACGAUUUUGUAUGUCGAUGACAAGUUGAGGGACCUUGGGUGUACUUUUUCCAAGCCGAAAUGAUGCGGGCCUUUUGGCUCUUUUCUGGGCCCAGCUGAGGCCUAGUCCAGGCGACGCGGAGGCCCAGCUUAUGCACUGGAUCCUUCACAUGGGCAGCAAGAAUGGAAUUUCUGCGGAAAAAGUACAACGAAGGUUCCUCAACUUGUCAUCUAGUAAAAAACGUCCUCAAACCGCAAAAUCAGAUAUCCGGCGUUUCUCAACUUACAAAACCGUUCACUUUAUAUCCUUUUGUGGUUUUGAGUCCGAUUUUAUUCAAUGUGGCGGCUGAGUCAGCGUGGACCCUACGUGUCAGGAUACCACGUCAUCUCUAUCCUCCCUCUCUUCUCUCGCUUCCUUGGUUCCUCCUCUCUCUCUGUCUUCUCUGCCUAGCCAGUCAGCGGGGUGAGAUGGGAGAGGAGGAAGGUGUCCCCACGACGGCGGCCGCCGGCGGCAGCGGGGAAGCACAGCGCGGCAGCCCGGUGGCGGCCAAAGAUGGACUCGGGGACAGCAGCGAGGCGGGAACAACGCGGACGUCGACGGGGAGGCAGGGCAGAAUGCGAUGGCGAGCGCCUC